AUGAGCAGUCGAUUCCCGUUAAUCAGGGACUAUUAUCCUUCGAAAUCGCCUUUAUGUCCUGUGUCACCGGCAUCAGGACCGCCGCAUCCGCAGCCACACCAGCACCACCAACAACAUCAUCAUCAACAUCUCCCGCAGCAUCCCGAGCUCUGGAUCGGAGAAGAGACAAAGAGGGCGCUUCCGCCUCACGUCUACAAGUAUUAUCUAAACCGAACGCGUUGUUAUAGACGACAGAGUUUAAAGGUAUUGGCGCACACUCUUGCUAGCGCACUAACCGGCGAGAUUGAUCCUGUUGAUUCUAAUGCAGAACUUAUCGACCAACACGUCAAUACUAGUGUACCAACAAGUGAUACUGUUGAUUCUUUUGCCUCCUGUGUAGAACCAAGAACUCAAUUUGAUCUUGAUAAUAUACCCAGUACUUCUAGUAUCCUCACGUCAAAAAUGAUUCCUUCUGAACUUCUAGAACCUAUAUUACCCGUCCCUUCUCUCACGCAGAAAGUAACCGUUAAGAGAUGUUUGACGACUGUUUCAAAAGUAUUAAAUUCAGCUCAGAACAUUGCUGUUGUAAAAAGAAAGGCAGUUAAGCAAGCACUGAAAGAUAAACAAAAAAAGGAAAAGAAACAAGAUCAACUGAGAAAAAAAAUUGAAGCAAAAAAAAGUUUCUCAAACCAAAAACGGAACCAUCUGGCAAAGUGA